AUGGCUUCAGGGGAGCUGGAGAUGGACUCGUACCAUACAAUGGACGAUCCCGCCGAGUUCGAAACUCUCCUCGGAGACUCAGAAUACGCAGACUUCAAGGACUCAGCGCCAGAUGCCCCCCAAGUGGAUCAUCUACUCUCGCACAUCACACUUCCCCCAAGAAGUCCCCUCCUUCGUUAUGCUAGAUAUACAGUGUUUGGGGUGUAUCGUCGGAUAUUCUUAGCAGUCUUCAUUAUCAACAUCUGGCAAGGCCAUCGGAUCAUUACGAUGAAACGGAGAUCGAAAUACUCACCUCUGUUGGUUGACAUAUCCACGGCUUUCGCUCUAAAUUUAUUCGUGGCAGUUUUGAUCCGCCAGGACUACAUCAUCAACCUCUUGUUUAAGAUUUGUUGGCUAGUCCCCUUUGCAGCACCCCUUCGACUCCGAAGAUCUUUAGCUAAGAUGUAUGAGUACGGUGGUCUCCACAGCGGAGCAGCUGUAUGUUCCGUCCUCUGGUUUUCUCUUCUAUCGGCGAUUCUUGUUUGGGAGUUCAUCACAAUCCGCAUAGCAGAUCCCCUUAUAAUGCUGUGCACUUUUACAGUGAUGUGCAUUCUGUGGACCAUGCUGAUAACUGCAUACCCCCAAUUUCGCUCCUGGAAACACAACAGCUUUGAAGUGAUACACCGAUUUGGCGGCUGGAUAGUGCUCGGCCUCUUCUGGCCCCAACUCUGGCUCUUUACUCGCGCUCUUGGACACCAAGCUGGCCCUUCCUCCCCCGGUGCCGUCCUUCAUAAACUCCCCGCCUUCUGGCUGCUCAUUGCCUCCUGCUUCCACGUCGCUCUCCCCUGGAUACGUCUCCGCCGUUUGAAAAUCCUGCCUGAGCGUCUCGGUGUCGGGGUCCACGCCAUCCGUCUCCAUCACCAAGAAAGAGUGGCCAAUUGCGUCGUCUACCGCAUCGCCGACACUCCCUUGAAAGAAUGGCACUCCUUCGCUUGUAUCCCGUCUGACGAUGGAAAUGGCGGCUCACUCAUCGUCUCAAACGCAGGAGACUGGACUCGCCGCGCUAUUAAUAAUCCCAAGAAAGCGUACUACACACGUGGGAUCCCCACCGUCGGCGUGCUAUGCAUGGCUCAGCUCUUCCGGCGAGUUAUAAUUGUCACAACCGGUUCAGGAAUCGGGCCAUGUCUAGGGACCAUGAUGAACAUCCCCGCCACUAAGUGCCGUGUCUUGUGGAGCGCGCCAGAACCUAGACACACGUUUGGCGAUGAGAUUUGCGAUAAAGUCCUAGAUGUUGACCCGCAGGCUGUGAUUAUUGAUACGCAUGCGGCGGGACGCAAAGACUUGGUGACUUUGGCGUAUGGUAUGUAUGUUGAGGAAAAGGCAGAGGCGAUUUUUUGUGUUAGUAACAAGGCGUUGACGAAACAUUUGGUUUAUGAGAUGGAGAGUAGGGGUAUUCCUGCCUUUGGGCCGAUUUGGGAUUCGUGA